AUGGAGUGUAAUAAAGACGAAGCUGUAAGGGCUAAGCAAGUAGCUGAGCAAAAGCUAUUAGAGAAAGAUAUCUCAGGAGCAAAGAAGUUCGCUCUAAAGGCACAAAACCUGUAUCCAAAACUUGAAGGCUUAUCUCAGUUCCUUGAGAUUAUUGAUGUUUAUGCUGCCUAUGAGAGGAAAAUAAAUGGGGAGUUGGAUUAUUAUGGGAUUUUUGGGGUGGAUGCUUUAGCCAAUGAAGAAGUUCUGAAGAAGCAAUAUAAAAGAAUGGCUCUCUCUCUUCAUCCCGACAAAAACAAGUCUGUUGGGGCAGAUGGAGCUUUCAAGAUAUUGUCGCAAGCAUGGAGUGUUCUCUCAGACAGUAACCAAAGAACUGUAUACAACUCAAAGCUCAAUAUAAGAGCUGCAAAUCACGCAGCUGGCAUCUUCUCUUCAUCAAGUGCUAUGUAUGCGAGCCCUGCCAAUUCAUUUGGCUUUUCCGAUCGACCAACAAAACAAGGAACUUCCACCAGUCAAUGGUACAGUUCUACUCCACGAAAUGCGACAUAUGGCGCCAACCGUGCACAGGUUCCGAAGCCCAAUCCAACUAUCUCCAGAAACGCCCGUCCAGUUCCCAGUUAUCAACAUUCUCCAUCGGGCACGACUGGGCAUUUUGUUCCCCCUUCAAUCCCACACUUUCAUCAACAACAAGAUACUUAUACGAGGCAACCGGUCAAACCUCAUCCACAAUGUCCCGAGACAUUCUGGACGAUGUGCAAAAGGUGCUGUUCGUAUUUUGAAUUUGGAAUAAACUAUAUGAAUCAGAACAUUCUGUGUCUCCAUUGUCGGAUGCCCUUUUCAGCGACAGAGAUGGCUCGUCCAAAGGUGAAUUAUACUUCCGUGUUUGGGGGACCACGAGCUUCCACAGCUAAGCCAGCAUCCGAUAACAGGCGUCCCAAAAGAAAUGGGCCUGAAAUGACAGAAAAGACAAAGAGAGCUUACGGUGUCUCGAUGAAGAAUAACAGAGUUAUCCCAGAACAGAUGAAAGAAGAAACAACUUAUAAUGAUGUCAAUGGUAUGAAAAAGAGAGAGAAGAUUGUAAAGAAGAGGCGUAAGGACCUUGAUAGUGCCGGAGACGAGGCACCAGGUAGAAGGCCAGGGGCUAAGAAGGCAUCUGCAAAAUUGAAUAGAAAUUUUGAAGCUAACUGGGAGUCAAAAAGUGUGAAGGAAUUAUCUCAGGCUGAGAUUCGUGCUAUGCUGGCGAGGAAGGCGAGGAUGGAGAUUCGAGGCCUGUUAAGUGAAUGGGAGGCUGAAGAACCUAAGGCUUCAUGUGUGAAGGAUGAGCAGACAAAGGAUGCUUUUAAUCAUGUCAAGGCUGAAAAAAGUGGUGAUGACUUAUUCAAGGAUCCUAAAAAUACAGUGCAGACGGAGAAGUCGCCUUCCUUGGAUGAACCUGAUGACAUGGAUACAAAUCCUGAUGAAACUGUGUCUAUGAUGGUGCCAGAUGCAAAUUUUCACAAUUUUGAUGAUGACAGAAUUGAAGAUUCUUUCUCUGAGAACCAGGUGUGGGCUGCUUAUGAUAAUGACGAUGGCAUGCCACGUUAUUAUGCUUUGGUUCAGCGUGUGCUAUCCAGGAAGCCGUUUAAAAUGCAAAUCAGCUGGCUCAACUCUCGAUCCUGUUCUGAAUUUGGAUCCCUUGACUGGAUAGGCUCUGGCUUCACAAAGACUUCUGGAGAUUAUAGGGCUGGUAAAUGUGAAGUGAAUAAAAGGUUAAAUUCGUUCUCUCAUCCUGUUAAGUGGAAGAAAGGGCCACGAGGAGUAAUUCAGGUUUUUCCAACAAAAGGCGAUGUUUGGGCAGUGUACAGGAACUGGUCCCCUGAUUGGGUUGAUCAGGACAUCAAAGAUGAAAUCAUACAUAAAUAUGAUGUGGUAGUUGUACUCGAAGAAUGCAGUGAAAAUGGAGGUGUUGUGGUGGCUCGUCUAGUUAAAGUGGGUGGCUUCACGUCUGUGUUUAACUUAGACAAGAGAGAGACCCACAUGAUCCCUAGGGAAGAGAUGUUUAGAUUCUCUCAUCAGGUCCCUUUCUACAUUCUGAGUGGGCUUGAAGCUGAAAAUUUGCCUAAGGAUUGCUAUGAAUUGGAUCCUGCUGCUCUCCCGUUGGAACUUCUAAAGAUGAUUGCAGAUGCCGAAGCAGCUGAGGAACAAGUUUCAGAGGCUGUAAGUGAGGCUAAGCUUGAAUCAGCAAAUGUGGGUAAUCAGAAGGAAAGAGAUGUUGAUGGUGUCAAAACUAUCAUGACAUACUCUAGGAGAAAAAAGAGGAAGGAAAAUGAAAAGGCACGUUGA